UUGGCUCAGCCUCGAUUUCUGACUGCUUCACAAAGGCCCAUACGCAGUCAUGAGCGACGUCGCCAACGUGCCCACCACCACCACCAACUCUAACCCCAUGUCUCCAAAGGAAGGGUACUUGGCUGAGCCCAUGAAGGUGUUUCCGACGGCCGCAUCUGGAGGUAGCAAAAUGCGAUCAACCGCACCUGUGUUCCUCCCCAUGCAAAUGCCAGAGAAGAAGCUUCACUUUGAGGAAGAAGAUAUGGCCUCGCCAACUCAUAAGGAUCCUGGAAGUCCUGGAUCAGUGAUGAGCCGCAAUGGGGUCCGGAUACAUUUUCCACCAGGCUUGGCGCCUCCCGAGGAUACCCCCAGUCAUGGCUCAGCACUUCAUGCGCAAGGCAACUGCAAGCCCUGCGCUUGGUAUUGGAAGCCUGGCUCUUGUCAGAAUGGUAAAGAGUGCCUUCAUUGCCAUUUGUGCCCUAAAGAUGAGCUGAAGUCUCGCAAGAAGGCGAAGUCCGCAUUUAUGCGACUGGGUCUGACAUCGCCAAAGCCAGCAGCAGAGGAACGAGCUCAACUUGCUCUGAGUACAUUCUGCUUUAAUGAACAGGCAGAAGUGAAUUCUGAACAAGGAUCGACAGCAGCUGCCACUUCAGAAUCUGACAUCACCACGCCAAGGACGCAUAUGGCAGCACAGGCUCAAAUUGCAAAGCCGGCGAGCGAAGGGAGCAUCCUUCACGGCACAGGUGAGUGUCGCCCCUGCGCAUGGUUCUGGAAGCCUACAGGGUGCUUGAACGGUGCAGAGUGCAGACACUGCCACGAUUGCCCACCUGGUGAGGUGAAAUCUCGGAAGAAGGGCAAGACGGCCAUGCUACGACUUGGCUUAGCAACGCCCAAGGCUGCUGGUGACAAGGCUGGCUUCAUGAAUUACAUGGAGCACUGAGUUCUUUGAAAGAACUGGGCCUAGGACAUCAAGCGGAGGCGCAUCGCUGAGGAAUGGAGUCCUGUCAAGUCUCGGUUAAAUCGAAGACGCCAAGACAAGUGAGAUUUUAGUGCAGACAUUGCAGUGACAUUGCAGACUUUAAAGCAGGUAUGCACAGGCGAGGUACUGGGUCACGACAUGUCCUCACUGCACGCCAAGUGCUUGCACAUGCCAAGUGCCGGCAGCAGUGUGGCAGACUGGCGUCUCAGUACAACGCAUGCGCGUCCAUUUUUUACAAAGAAGGCAUCCAACAAAUGUCGGGUAUUGUCA